AUGUGCCGUCUCCUGCCUGCAGGUACCUUCUGGGGGGAAAGGCGGAGGCCUCGGGCAGCGGCUGGGGACUCGGGGGCUGUGUCCUCCCCGGGGUGCACAGUCAGUGCCCUUCGAGCAGAAGAGUACCUCUCGAAAUUGUCUUCACAGAAGAAAUUUGAUGAAAUUAAGAAGGCUAAUCAGGCUGCAGCAAAAAAGCUAGUUGAAGACCAAUUUAGCUCCUCAUCUGAAGAUGAUGAGGAAGAUGCUGAAGUAAAACAAGGAAAGAUUUUGGCCAAAACAUUCACCAUUUACACCAGUCAAACUGAUGGAGAUGCAAGUGAACUGGAACGUACAAGACAGUACAUGAAUGAAGCUUUUCAGUCGGGGGCUAUGACGUGUCUGAUCUGCAUUGCUUCAGUUAAAAGGAACCAAGCUGUCUGGAGCUGUUGUGGAUGCUUUUGUAUAUUUCACCUGGUGUGUAUCCAAAAGUGGGCCAAGGACAGCCUUUUCCUUGUGUCUUCUCCUUUGACGGAUGAUGAUUUUGGGAAGAAAGAUUAUCCCUGGCCAUGUCCAAAAUGUAGGUUUGAAUACAAACGGUCUGAAACUCCCAGUAGGUAUUAUUGUUACUGUGGAAAAGUGGAGAAUCCAACACUGGACCCAUGGCUGGUACCUCACUCCUGUGGUCAGAUAUGUGAGAGGGAAUUCAAACCUUCUUGUGGUCAUAAAUGUUUGCUGCUUUGUCAUCCAGGACCCUGUCCACCUUGCCCGAAGAUGGUCACAACAACCUGUCACUGUAAGAAAGCUAGACCAGUGCCCCGAAGGUGCAGUGCCAAGGAAUGGUCAUGUCGCCUGCCGUGUGGACGAACAUUGCUGUGUGGACAGCACGCUUGUGAGAAUUCCUGUCAUGCAGGAGAUUGUCAGCCUUGUCCACGAGUUAGUAAACAACGAUGCAUCUGUGGAAGACAGACAGCAGAAAGACUUUGUGCAAGUCCUCAGUGGCAGUGUGAUCAGGUGUGUGGGAAACCUUUGCCUUGUGGUAAUCACACAUGUGAACAAGUUUGUCAUGCUGGUCCCUGUGGAGACUGUCCUCGUUCUGGGAAAAGGUCCUGUCCAUGUGAAAAAUCAAGGUUUACAUUGCCUUGUACAGAAGAUGUGCCCACCUGUGGUGAUAGUUGUGACAAAGUUCUGGAAUGUGGCAUCCAUAAAUGUUCACAGCGCUGUCAUCGAGGUCCCUGUGAAAUAUGCAGACAGGAAGUUGAAAAACAGUGUCGCUGUGGAAAGCACACUAAACGCAUGCCAUGUCAUAAGCCAUAUCUGUGUGAAACAAAGUGUACUAAAAUUCGUGAUUGCCAAAAGCACCAAUGUAGGAGAAAGUGCUGUCCUGGAAACUGUCCACCUUGUGAUCAAGUCUGUGGGCGGACUCUAGGCUGCAGAAAUCAUAAAUGUCCUUCAGGCUGCCACAGAGGUAGUUGUAAUCCAUGUCCAGAGACUGUAGAUGUGAAAUGUAAUUGUGGAAAAACUGUCAUUAAAGUGCCCUGUGGCAGAGAACGCACCAUCAAACCUCCCAAAUGCAAACAGCUGUGCAGUCGACCACCUACCUGUCACCACUCUACCCAGGAGAAACACUAUUGUCACUUCGGUCGGUGUCCUCCGUGUCGUCAGUCCUGCCAGAAAACGUUAAUGUGUGGUCAUUUGUGCCCUGUUUCCUGCCACGACGAAGCACUUGUGAAGCAAACUGGCUUACAUCAGUCUGCAGGUCCUUGGGAACAGCCGUCUGAGCCAGCUUUUAUUCAAACUGCAUUACCAUGCCCUCCCUGUGAGGUUCCUAUACCAGUGGAGUGUCUUGGGCAACACGAGGUUAGUCCAUUACCAUGUCACUCUGCAAAUCCCUACUCAUGUAAAAGACUUUGUGGGCGGCUUCUUGAUUGUCAGAAUCACACCUGUAUGAAAGAAUGUCAUCUUGUAACUAAAUUGAACAGUAGUGCAGAUGGAAAGAAGGCAGGUCCAGAAUGUUCGCAGUGUGAAGAGGAGUGUACCAAGUCCCGGCCAUCUGGCUGUCCUCACCGAUGUGUUUUGCCCUGUCAUCCUGGGGAUUGCCCAUCAUGUCUCCAGAUGCUUAAAAUAAAGUGUCACUGCAAACUAUCAGUACUGUAUGUUGAAUGCUUAAAACUAACAUGUGCUGAUUUAAAAGAAAAGGAGCUUCUUAUUUCCUGCAAAAAUCAGUGUCCAAAAGAGUUGCCCUGUGGUCACCGGUGUAAAGAGAUUUGCCAUUCAAGUAGCUGUCCUCUGAACUGCAGCCAGAAGGUUAAACUCCGAUGUCUCUGUAAGAGACUGAAAAAGGAAAUACAGUGCAGCAAGAUACAAGGUCAAGUUUCACUGGAAUGUGAUGCAUUAUGCAAGGAAAUGAAACGGAAAGCAUCUGAGAUAAAAGAGGCAGAAGCCAAAGCUGCUAUUGAAGAAGAGAAACGAAGACAACAGGCUGAACUGGAAGCUUUUGAAAACAGAUUAAAAGGGCGAAGAAAGAAUAAGAGAAGAAAGGAUGAAGUAGAAGUUGAACAAUCAUCAUGGCAAAAAUACAAGAACCUCAUUAUGCUGCCAAUGUUCGGAGUUGCCGUUGUGAUGGUUGCGUGGCUCAUGGUCUACAAUGACUGAAACAACUCAAUAUUUAAUAUACUUUAGUCGGGCUUUAGGUAGCUAUUAUUCCUAGAAUGUUAGUCUGUGUGUAACAGAACUUAAUAUGCAUAGAUUAUGUAUGUAUACUGUUUGCCAAGAAAAGUGCAGAGGAGGGAAGAAAUGUCACCUUUUGUGUUGUUACAUUCACAGCACAAAACUGAAUUCAGACACUGAAAGUAGUAGUAGAUUUUAGUCUACACCGAAGUGCUGAUGUAAUUCAUCUGACUGAGAUCCGUUAACAUCUCUUCUAUUAACAUAUUGUGUUACUUUUCCUUGUCUCCAUUUCAUAAUAUUAAAAAUAGCUUAGUAUAAAAUGCUUUACUGAAUAUUUGUUUCCUGUAAAAUCAAUUUAGUGGUUUAUUGAAGAUUAGUAUUCUUUUGCUAGUCUUUAUGUUGUAUCACACAAUAAUUUCUGUGCUUCGUCUCAGUUUUAAUUAUAACAACUGAUGGGGAACUUCAGAUCACCUAAGCUUUGAAUAUUUUGGGGCCUCAUGUCAGAACUUUGUUCAGAGAAGGGAAAUGUGAACUUUCAAGUCAACUGUAUCACAAACAAUAAAAUGGGCCCCCUUACAGACUGGGGGGUUUGUUUUUUGGUCGUUCGUGGCCCCCCCUGGCCUUGUUUCCUCAAAAUCAAACCAACUGAAAAUUCAUUUAGUGGACAGAUGCAUAUGCUGAACAUGGAUGUGAAGUAGUUUCAGGGUACAGGGAUGUGUUCUCAUCACUGCCCCCAUCGCCAACAGCAGAAAAGCAAUUUGAAAUUGAACUUAGAGCAUCACUUGACUAUUUGUAUAGAUAAAUGUCACAUUUGAAUAUUUGCAUAGUUGUGCAAAAACGUAAUUGAAUAGCAUAACAAUACAGUUAUAUGUCGUUCUGAAGCCAUCUGGAUGGUGCUUGCUAAUCAUGUAUAAACUAUCUAACUAAUCUUUUAAAUGUUUAAAUAUUUUCUUACUGACAGUUUAGAAUACCUUUUGGGAUAUCGGUGUUGGUUGAUGGAACUGAAAGGUUUACACAGCUUCAAGAUUAUUAGAGAAGCUACAUUGUCUAGUUUAGGGACUGCAAGUUAAAUUUGGGGGCAGGGGAAAUCAGAAAACUGAAUUUUUAAACCUGUGCUGGAAAUUUUAUGCUGAUACUUGAGUGUUGUAGGUAACUGAAAAGUGCUUACAAGAUCCUACAAAGGUAGGAGGUACAAAGCCAAAGGGCAUUAGGUUGCCCUUGUAAUUCAGGCACAUAAUUUCAUCACAAGUCCUGCAAAAGCAGUGGGACCGUUUGUGUGAAUUAGUAGAGAAGACUGCAGUUUGUUUGAAAGCUCUUUCGGUUGAUUUUGGCCCACUUGCAAAGGGACCCAGUAUUAAUUUGAGCUGAUACCCAAUUGUAAUUAUGGUUCAGCAGCAGAAAAAACAUAGAAAAGCUGCAAAAGGCAGUAGCUUUUAUAUUGCAUAGAUUGACAAAAUGGAGAGAAAAUCACUUUCUUUUCAAUUUUUCACCUAAGUUUGGUGAAAGAGAAGAGAGGUAAGGAAAACCUGGCAAUAUUUAGCAUGGAUUAGUGCUAUUUGAUAGUAUUUAAUGGGUUUUUUAAAAUUGAUUUUUCGAAAUGCAUACUACUGUUGUGUCAGGCUGUUAGUAUGUAAAGUUGUAGAUUAAUUGAAAUGACACUAGGCAAUCAUAGUUGCAUCUCUGUUGAAUUCUCUUAUUUUCUAGUAUAAGGAAUAAACCAUUUUCCAUAUUGUUACUUUAACUCUUUCUAUAAUAUUAAUGCCUGGAAGAUAAUUCCAUAUAUAAAUGUUGUUUCUUUAACCAAGUGAGGUGAUGCUAUUGUGUGACUGCUUAUGCCAGUAACUCUUCUGUCACUGAGAGAAAAAGAGAGAUUUUUGUUCAGCUGAGGUAAAACAUGAGGUAUUGUCCAAAAAUACAAAAAGAUACCUUUAUAGCUGAAAUACGCAGAUCAACAUGAAUGAGACCAUUGUGGAAACAGCUUUUAUCUUACAUGACUAUAACUCAUUCUCCUAUUUACUGCUAGCUUUUUCUUUAAUACAAGUACAACAUAAGGUUUCUCCUUGCCUCGACAGCAAAGAGAAGAAAUACCUCUCUACAGAGCUAUAAAAGCGAACUGCACUUGAGCUAUAUGUUUGAUGUAGUUCUUGGUGUUCUUUUCUGCAUAUUUUGUAGUAUCUGUGUGGAAUAUUGGAGAGAAAAGACUUGCUUCUCGUUGAUCAUCUUUAUUAUAGUAAGAAAGCACACCAAUCUUUAAAAAGUCAUUCCAUUCAUACAAAUGUGUGUAUGAGUAGGCAUAUUCCCUUUCUUAAAGGAUUUGUAUCUCUCCUGAACCUCGCAUACGCGAGACAGACCUAUUUUUGAAAUUUUAUUCAAAAUAGUUCUGUAUAUCUUAUCCAACCAUCUGAGUCAUUUGCACUCUGUUGGUCUGCCUGCUGAACCAGAUACUUGUUUCUUGGCAUUAAAAAAGUGUGGGAGUUCGAGCAAUCUGCAGUUUAAUAAAUCACUGGUUUCUAUUUGUUUUUUUAAAUUAUUUUUACAGUUAAUUUUUUGCCUUUUUUGGUUGGAGCUGCGUGUUGCAAGCAUGACAACCGUUGAAGUAAAAGGUACAGAUAAAAUCUCCUGUUACUCAGUAUAAAUGAAAGAUGGUAGUUCUAGAAAAGAAAUACUGAACUGAAGGUGGAGGGGUGGGGUGUGUGUGUGUUGCAAUUUAAAUGUAAUGUACUGUUAUAUAAUGUAAUGAGCAAAUAUUUUGAAUGUUAACAGUUUACCAAAAAAUGCAUAUUGAUAAGUAUACUUUAAAACAAAUUAUAUGAUCUGACCUGCUGUUGAAGGGAAAUUAUAGAGAGAAGCCUGAUGAUGAGGACACUUGACAUGCAGAAUAUUUAGCUAUGUGUAAAAUGAAAAAACUUGGGGAGGCUUUUCCUGAUUCUGAAUGCAUUCUGGUGAGCGUUCAUCUUUCUGCUGAACCAAGGUGCUUACAAGUUGUCAAUAUAUUUUGGAUUGGAAACUCCUUGGACAAGUUUGUUCCCUGUAACAAUAACGAAGCCAUUGUGUGUGUUAAUUUAAUGUAAAAACCAAGUCAGACAAUAAACGGAGCAAAAACAACUUGAAAAUUUGUUUGUUCUCAAGGACUAGUGUAGUAAAGCAGCAAACCUCUCCUGGGUAAUGACGACUGACAUACUGCCGCGGAAGUUUUAGGCAUGCUUUUUGUUCCCUUCUCUGGCAGUAGGAGCUCUUACUGCUCAGAUUAAUGCUGGAAUUAUGUAAUUGCGUUCCUUCAUGUUAGUGCUCUGACAAAAUUGCGAGAAUGGGUUGGGGAAGUAGAUUAAGAUGAAACAAAUGGGAAUGGACUUAGUAGAUGAUUUUUUUGGCCUCAUGGGGAAAUAUAGCUGAUUUAUUAGGCAUUUGUCCUGACCUUUACUAGAGGAGGAAAUGUUACUAUGCAGAUAGCACCAAAACUUGCUCAUAAAAGCUUCUAUGCUUGA